UUUCCAGGAUGACUCAGGUAUUACAACACUGAACUGAUAUAAAACUCCUUUAUUCUACAGAAACCUUCAUUAUCAUCAUCGUCGUCUCAGUUCCACCCCUGCUGAGCUUUCAGCAUGAUGGCAGGACUGAGGAGAUGGAGAACUCUGCAGAUCCUGAUCCUCUUCAGCCUCCUUGGCCUCAGCGGACAGUUUGAGAUGAAGGAGGAUCUGAGGGAGAAGGUCGAGCCUGAUGUUGCUGCACUGCAUCGCCUCCAAAGACCGCCUGGACAACUGUUUCACUCUGCAGACACAAACAGGUUGAACGUUGACCAGAGCCCGAUGAGUUUGCUGCGUGGAUUUCAGGAGAGUGGAAACUUCACAGCUUGUGUCAUAAAGAAGGAACAGGAUCUUGACGUCCUGUUGGCACUUACUGAGAAACAGAAGACAGACGACUGGUUGCUAACAGCUUCAGAGAUCUCACACAGCUACAGCCAGAAACUUCUGAUCAUGACGGACAAAGACAAGUCAACGAGUGACAGAGUCCACCAGGAAGACUUCAUGGAUCCUCGUUACUCUGAAAUAGUCAGCGAGGAAUGUUUGUACAAUGAAUCCUGUGUACCAGAAGUAGGCAGCAGCUCUGUUUCUGGUCUUUCUGCUUCAUCACUUGCUAAUCUGAUGCUGAAAACAUCUCUGGAAGCAGCAGGAGUUUUCUCUCUUGAUGGAAACACGACCACAGAGUUCCAACAUAACUUCAUGAGAGCUUUUAUGGUCCGGGGACUGAAAGCGGUCUUAGAAACCAACCAGGAGAAUCACCAGAUUUACCAGGUGAUGGGUCAGCCGGACUCAGUCUCCACGUACAGAAUUCCUCAAAGAGAAGUGGAUCCCAGCACCCAGUACGACCACCAGCAGAUAAUCAUGUUACAGGACGAUGAAGUGGUCAGAAAAGCUGCAUCUUUUCUUUAUGAGGAGCAUCCAGCAGUGAGUUCCGUCUAUGUUCUGGAUGACAAGCAAAAAGUGAAACUGAUUGGAGGUAAAUCAACACCUCUGUCAGAGAACAGCAGGCUGGUUCUGGUGGGCCACGGAGCCAGAGACCAGUCUGGAGAGAUGAGAGUUUCAGGGUUCUCGUACGAAGAUGUGUCCAGCAUCAUUCAGAGCACCUCCAGGGUGGGAAAUAAAAUCAGAACAACCAGAGUGUUGGCCUGUGAGGUGGGAUCGGAUCAACGGUUCAUAGAAAGUCUGCUGAAGACGCUGAGAGGAGUCGGCAUUGAGACGGAGCUGCACCUGUGGAACGCUGUGAUCCAGGUCACUCAGACGGGAAACAUAAUCAGUCGGGACGUCUCUCCAGAUGGACCGCAGUGGAGACUCAACGAUGGCAGCAAGAAGGUGGUGGCAGCUCUCCACAGGAACGGAGAGGUGAUCCGAAGACACGAGUCUGGAAGUAGAGGAGAGCAGGUUUUUACCGAGGAAACAAACUUCCUACAACCUCCCAAAAACACAGGAAAAGCAGGAGCUUCAACAACACAGCAACCACAGAGUUUUAUUUCCCCAGAAGUUUAUAAUAAAAUGGAUCAAAAUGACUUUGGUGAAGUUAAGCAAAUAAAAAAGGACUUUAAUAAAAUUGAAGGCCUGACUUGGGGAAUGUUUCACUCCGACCAACAAGCACCAGGGAGAGUCCCUAUCAACGCCAACAUAGAAGAUGAGUGUAAGCUUGGAAACUGUUAUUUGAUGAACAUCCGAUGGCACAAGGAGGAAGCUGGAUUAAUAAAAACCUGCGAGGAUUCAGAGGCUCGGCAGCACCUGACGAGUCCAGCUCAACCCCACGAAACACACAGUUAG